UAGGUUGGUUGCGACCCACCAUAAAAUGAAGAAGAAGAAAAACUUUGAUGACGACGUUGCAAGAGGGAAAUAUAAAGAUACUCGCUUGUCUUCGAUAUUAAACGGAAGUUGAAAGCAGAAGAAAAAAGAGGAGGAAAAAACAUAUUUUUGCAUAAAGAUGCAGAGAGCUUCCCGUUUGAAGAGAGAACUUCAGAUGCUGAGCACUGAACCUCCUCCAGGGAUCACAUGUUGGCAGACCGAAGAACACAUUGACGACCUGCGUGCUCAAAUAGUUGGUGGAGUGGGAACUCCGUAUGAAGGUGGAAUCUUUUCCCUGGAGGUCAAAGUUCCAGAGAGAUACCCAUUUGAGCCUCCCAAAAUGCGAUUUUUGACACCCAUCUACCAUCCAAACAUUGACGGUUCAGGACGUAUCUGUCAUGACGCUCUCAAACUCCCACCAAAGGGAGCAUGGAAGCCCUCCCUAAACAUCUCAACAGUCCUUACCUCCAUCCAACUUCUGAUGGCAGAACCAAACCCAGAUGACCCUCUAAUGGCUGAUAUAGCAUCAGAGUUCAGAUACAACAAACAGAUGUUUAUGCAGAAGGCCAGGAAAUGCACAGAAGAACAUGCUGUUCAGAAGAUCACGACAAUCUUGGAGAUCAGCCAAAACAAUGUACGAGAGAAUGAAUCAUCGCGCAAAAGAGAAGCUUCUGGUGCGCAGCAGGAGAAAGGCAAGCUAGCAAAGAAAACAUGUGUAUAGUGGCAACCACCUUGUUAAAGCCACGUGCCGCUUUGCUUUUGAGAGACAUGUAUUUUGCAGUUUAUUUGCAUUAUUUUAUUGAUACAUUUUCACAAUCAUUCACGUACCUAUAAUAUACAGUAGCUACAUAUGUACAGGUAUUUUCAUGUUUGUGUUUUAGUAAAUAUUAAAUAAAUACAAAGUAGGG